CGCGCACGAAUCUUUCGUGGCGCGGCAUCUCAAGAUUCCAGGCGACAAUGGGGUGCACUUCGUCGCGAGCCGUUGACGACUUGUCCGUCGUCGCAGUGGCCGCAUCCGAGACCGCUGCGGCCGGCGAGGUUGCCACGCCCGAGUUGGCUGUCACAUGCAGAGACGUCACCGAGGAGGCGGCUUCCGACAAGAAGUUUGUCAUCACGGGGCACAGCGUUCGAAACGAUGGUGUGGUCGUCUACCAUAUCUCGAUGCCCAACUCGCCCGAUGAGAUUCAACGAAGGUUCCGCGACUUCAAGCGCCUCCAUGGCGAGCUCAAGGACGUCGUUCUGCAAGAAGACUGUGACGUUGCGAUUCCCGACUUGCCGUACAAUGGACUGUUGACCAAGCUCCAGCGCCAGCACACGCGCGACCUAGACGAGCGAAAAGAAAAGCUGGGCGAGCUUCUCGAAGCCGCAGCGAGCCACCCUGUCACCCGCAAUUCCAAGGGGUUUCAAAAGUUCAUCACGCUCGACAUGGCCCCGUAGCUCUGUCGAAUUCAACGAUUUCGCGUAGUUUGCAGACAUACACACCAUAUAAUUUACAUGACGAGUCAGUUGGCUGGAGA